AUGAUACGACUUAUUCAACGUUUACUUAUAUAUACAUCAAUAAAACAUAUUGAUUAUCAAUUAUUAAUUGAUUCAUUGGGUAAAUUACGUGAAAUAGCAAAAAAAAAAUUAAAUGAACAAAGUGGAAAAACGGAAAAACAUUUAUCAAUGUUUAAUAUUAUUCAUAUUAUUGAUAAUUGUCGAUCAGAGUUUCUUGCUGCACAUCAUGAUUAUAUAGAAAAAUUUCAAGUUAUUGAACUUCAAUAA